CAAAUUUGCACCGAACAAAGUGGCAGAAAGUUAAAACAUUAUUACAGAAGCAGCAUUUUUUAGCUUUAACCAUACAAUAUCUCACGCUUUUAAAACGAUCUUUUUUGCACUAUGAAACCUUUAAUUAUUGGUUUUCGAAGCUGACUAAUUAUUGUGAUCUACACUUAAAUCAUGCCUUGAUAAUGCGAGGCUACGACUAGGACAGGAAAUUGAAUUUUUAGAUUUGAGAAUAAAUGUUAAAAUUUGUAUUUAAAAUUUUUAAAAUUUGUAUGAAAUACAUGAUAUAAUUUCCUAAUUUUUGAUAUCGAUGUCUGUGAGCAAGAUAAGUCAGAAACCAAAGAAAAAUAAAAUAAAAAUCAAUAAAAUUGUUUAAUGAAAAGUUAUGUAGAGUAGUCAUUCAUAUGAGUUGUUGAGAGAGAUUCUUGUCCCAAUGAAAAAAACAAGUCUGCUAUAACUGUAACAGAUUGCCUUGGCCACAUGAAAAGUAGUUUACCCUUUUUGAGUAGCAUGAACUGCACUAUUACACCAAGCAAAUAUUAAUUAGCAAUAAUGUAUUUUAUAUUUCUUUCACAGUUAUGAAUAUAAUGAACACCAAUACUUCAAAACAAACCAUGGCAUCAAUACAUUCAUAUUCUGAAUUAUGUCAUCACAAGUCAAAAUAUCGGGAAAUGGGAUAUACGUCAGAUGAUGACGUCAUAUUGCAAAAUAUUUCAAGACGUUCAAACAUGCAACGCUUUAUAUCCGACAACGAAAAAUUGGAAUUAUUGCAUCAUCAAUGCAACAAUGGACAAAAAUCUUCAAAAACAAAAACUAUAAUGACGUCACAUAAGAAAACAAUAUUUCACAAGAGAACGUCACAAUCGUUUUUAAAUAAACUGUCCAAAACACUACUCCCGUCAUCGUCUUUUUUAAAAAUCGUUUUAUUCGCGCAUAUUUUCUUCCUAUUUCUGCAAUUCAACUCAUGUAGAGCAAGUCCAAAAUGGUGGAGUAUUGUGAACACGCCUGCAGCCAAACCAACGGACACCCACACACGACGACAAAUUCUAAGAUACCCGUCAACACCAUCAAGAAUACAAUCAGGAAGCAGUAAUUUAUAUAAAACAUCAAAAGACAGUAAACCAAAUAACUUCGAUGAUAUUUUAUCGGAGGAAAGAAUAAAAGAGAUACUUAGCAACGACGACGUAGAAAGUAUUCCAAAAUCAGGCGGUUUCGGGAGUUUUCAAAAUUCAAAUCAAAACAAACGUGACGUCACAAACAAUCGAAUUGAUGACGCCACACAGUUAGCAACAAGAAGAAGACAGAAUUCGUUUCACACAAAUGUUGGAGGAAAUUCACUUACGGCAAACUUGCGCCCACCAGUCCUUGUCGACCAAAGAGUGCAGCUUUUGAACAGAAAGCAACGAAGACUCUUGCGUCGGAAUCCUGGUGCUCUCCAAGAGAUUAUUAAAGGUCUUCGAAGAGCUGUGAAAGAAUGUAAGUUUCAAUUCCGAAACAGAAGAUGGACCUGUCCUACUGAUAUUCGCGAUAGCUCUCUAUUUGGAAAAGUUUUGAACAGAGGAUUCAAAGAAACUGCAUUUAUCUAUGCUGUCACGAGUGCUGCUGUAGCUCAUGCAAUCGCAAGGGGAUGUAGUGAAGGAACUAUCACAACUUGUGGAUGUGACGAAAAAUCUGGAGAAGGCGGUCCAGGUUGGCACUGGGGCGGUUGCAGCGAUAAUUUCAAAUUUGGUAGAAAAUUUGCAAAAGACUUUGUCGAUGCUGGAGAGGAAGGCCAGGAUCUGAAAUUCAGAAUGAAUUUGCAUAAUAACGAAGCUGGUAGACAGACUGUAAUGGAAAAGAGUGUUCGAUACUGUAAAUGCCAUGGCAUGUCAGGUAGCUGCACAGUUAAGACUUGCUGGCUUCGAACCCCUAAUUUUAAAACAAUCGGGAGACGACUGAGAGAUAAAUACGACGCGGCAGAAGAAGUCACCAUUUCUAACCACGGCUCAGCACACAACGAUGACGAUGGUCUUAUUCCUGCAAUUCCUGGACGAAAACCCCCAAAGAAACAUGAUCUCGUUUAUUUCGAGAAUUCACCGAGUUACUGCAUCAAAAAUCCAGAAUUUUGGGUUCAAGGAACAAAAGGAAGAACAUGUAACGCAACAUCCAGCGGGUAUAAUGGCUGCGAAUCAAUGUGCUGCGGUAGAGGGUACAGGACACGGAUACGGACAGUCAAACAAAAAUGCAAGUGCGAAUUUAAAUGGUGCUGUGAGGUCCAAUGUCAAAUAUGUGAAGUUAAAAAAGAAAUCAGCGUUUGUAAGUGAUGAAGCAAUCAAACGCAGGGUUACUUUAAACCAUAAAUUCAAAACAAAAAUCGCAGAUAAUUUCCAGUUAUGUGAAGGGGAAAAUAAGCGGGAAAGGACCUCCCGAAAUAUGCGCACCAAGAUGGCGCACAACCUGAACAUAGUAUGUGUGUGUACCGAUUGGAAUGCAGGUUGUGCGACAUCUUGAUACGCAUACUUUUGAAGCACCGCAGGAAGAAUAUGGCGCUGGAAGCCUGUUCUGAACUAGAAAGAGAGUGGUGUUUGAAGACUCAUAAAAAU